UCAGUAGCACAAUCCAUCCCGAAUGAUCCUCGUGCUGAACCUUACGAAUGGGCUGGCAUUGCGUGACGCGUUUAUCCCCACUUCGUCUCACCUGGCAUUCGCGAUGCGUUCGCUGUAAGAAGAAAAGAGUCAACGGCCACGUAGUCGGUGGCUCAUCGAGCGUCUCUGUCUCUCGGGACCAAAAAGCCGCGCACCCGCGAUAGUCGUCGCCAGAUCUGAGCGCCGUAUGCUCCAUUAUAAGUUCAAGAAAAUCAAGGAAAGCAAAGAGAAAAUGCUGUCGUUACUUACGUUGCUGACCUUACGUAGCCUUUUUGGAUGGGCCCCAGUCUUAGCUUCACUUGACAAAUUAGGCGAAGAUAUUGUCAUUGAGAGUGAUGUACCUCCUGUCAAGAAUUUUCGAGAUUUUUCUAAUGACAAAAUGUCUACAUCCGAAGAGCUGCUUAGGGCGCUUAACUCAAUGAGUGGACUCUCCGAAGACGACAAGGAGGCGAUACGUCGCGAUAUUUUGAAAGGAGCUUCAGGUCCUAUUGUACCAGACGAUGAUGCGAGCCUUCUAACUGCGUCCUUUUUUACCUCGCAGUUUUUAAUACUCUUCUCCUUGCUGUCGCUCAUCGCAUUUAUUUUUGUUUUCUUCGGAUAUAAAUUGUAUAAAAGUUUAUCUGAGCGUGAAAGAAAACGAGAAGAAAAGAAGAAAAACAAGCAGAUGAAA